ACCCAGACGCGCAUUACUAGUUGUUUUCAUUAAAGGCCUUGGUACUAAGAGCUGUAGAGGAAGGUCACUCAGACAGGGGGGAACCCCAUGGCAACUCACGCAUGUCAGAGACUUGCCUGGCAGAGGACAAGGCAAAGGUCAACAGUCAUCUGUGCAGAAUAACCGCACAAAACAAGGAUAGAGACGUCUUAUUAAAAGGUAUUAGGGUAGGUCGUGCAUGGUGGUGUACGCCUUUAAGUCCCAGCUCUCGGGAGCGAGAGGUUUUUUUAAAAUACAGAACUCGUGUGAGACGAUUGCACAGUGAUGAUUGUACAAAGAGUGGUAUUGAAUUCUCGACCUGGAAAAAAUGGUAAUCCAGUGGCAGAGAAUUUCAGAAUGGAAGAAAUUAGUUUACCAGACAAUGUCAAUGAAGGACAAGUAAAAGUCAGAACUCUUUAUCUUUCAGUGGACCCUUACAUGCGUUGCAAGAUGAAUGAAGACACAGGCACUGAUUAUCUAGCACCUUGGCAGCUAUCUCAAGUGGUCGAUGGUGGAGGUGUUGGAAUUAUAGAAGAGAGCAAGCACCCAAACUUGAUGAAAGGCGACUUUGUGACUUCUUUUUAUUGGCCCUGGCAAACCAAGGCUAUUCUAGAUGGGACUAGCCUUGAAAAGGUAGACCCACAACUUGUGGAUGGACACCUUUCAUAUUUUCUUGGAGCUAUUGGUAUGCCUGGUUUGACUUCCUUAAUUGGGGUAGAGGAAAAAGGCCAUAUAUCAGCUGGUUCCAAGCAGACAAUGGUUAUCAGUGGAGCAGCAGGUGCUUGUGGAUCCUUGGCUGGGCAGAUUGGCCGUUUGCUGGGCUGUGCCAGAGUGGUGGGAAUUUGUGGAUCACAAGAAAAAUGCCUCCUUUUGACCUCAGAACUGGGGUUUGAUGCUGCAAUUAAUUAUAAAAAAGGGAAUGUGGCAGAACAACUCAGAGAAACAUGCCCAGCAGGAGUGGAUAUUUAUUUUGACAACGUUGGUGGUGACAUCAGUGAUACGGUGAUAAGUCAGAUGAAUCAGAAUAGCCACGUCAUCUUGUGUGGUCAAAUUUCUCAAUAUAAUAAAGAUGUACCUUAUCCCCCCCCUCUGCCCCCAGCUGUAGAAACAAUCCGGAAGGAAAGAAACAUCACAAGAGACAGAUUUAUGGUAUUAAAUUAUAAGGAUAAAUUUGGGCCUGGAAUUCUACAGCUGAGUCAGUGGUUUAAAGAAGGAAAACUAAAGAUCAAGGAGACAAUGAUGAAUGGAUUGGAAAACAUGGGAGCUGCAUUCCAGUCCAUGAUGACAGGAGGUAAUGUCGGAAAGCAGAUAGUCUGCAUUUCAGAAGACAGUUCUUUAUAAUCUCUGUACAUCUUCAUGGAGGAAACUUUUCACACAUUUCAUUUUGCACAGAUCUUCAAAAUACAUUAAAAAAAUCUUAGUAAAGAUUACUAAACACAGGUGAUAUUAUUUUUAGUUGCCUAACUUCUGUAUCACAAGUUCUACAUCUAACAAAAUUACUUACAAUAGAUUGAAAUGAAUUUGAUUUUUCUUUUUUUUGUGCCAAGAUCUCUUGAAAUCCACUAUGGCUUCGAACCUAUAAUCCUUGUGCCCCAUUGCUCAUGAGUACAGGGAUUACAGGCAUGUGCCACUAUACCCACUCAUGUUUCUUAAUUUCUUUUUUGAGAGUCUGUCACGUUGUCCAGGGUGGGCCUAAACAGAAUCCUCAGCCUCCUAACUGCUAGGAUUACAGGCAUGUGCCACCAUGCCUAGCUACUUUUGUUAAAACUAUUGCAUAUUUUGUAUGAGAUAUUCUGAAACCAGAGAUUUCAUGUAACUAUUAAUGGAAUAUAUAUGUAUGUAUGUAUAUAUAUACAUACAAAUACAUAUACACAAUAAAGUAUUAAAUUAA